CCAGUUCGAGUCCUCCCUCUCUCCGCCCUGUUCAAAGUACGACGUCUACCAAAACCCGACAAACCCAUGCAGCGCUCACCCAACUCUGCUGCUGAUAAUAGCGCUCGCGACCAACUCGGUCAAUAGAGUGAGUCAGCAUCUGAGUGAGUGAGUGAGCUGGUGAGGGAGCGAGCGAGGAUGGGGAGAGCGCCGUGCUGCGAGAAGGUGGGGUUGAAGAGAGGGCGGUGGACGGCGGAGGAGGACGCCAUCCUGUUGAACUACAUCAAGGCCAACGGGGAGGGUCACUGGAGGUCCUUGCCCAAGAAUGCAGGGCUGCUGAGGUGUGGGAAGAGUUGCAGGCUGAGGUGGGUGAACUACUUAAAGACAGACGUGAAGAGAGGCAACAUCUCCUCUGAGGAGGAGAAUGUUAUCAUCAAGUUGCAUGCUUCUCUGGGUAACAGGUGGUCUCUGAUAGCCAGCCACUUGCCAGGAAGAACGGACAACGAGAUUAAGAAUUAUUGGAACUCGCACUUAAGCAGAAAAAUCGACACUUUUCGAAGACCAUCCAAUGAUGAGCCGCUGCCUAUGGUGAUGAACCUCGUCAAAGUCAGUCCCCCAAAGAGGAAAGGGAGGACCAGCAGGCGGGAGAUGAAGAAGAACAAGAACUUGCUCAGGCCGAAGAAAAACCCUAAUAAAGAAACCAGUGUUAACUCCGACGUGCCUUUGUCGCCUGCCACACCACCGGUAGAGAGAGAGAGAUUGUCCACCACCAAGACCGGUGCCGAGGAUGAGGAAACUACGGGCAGAGAGAGUUUGGCUAGUGUUAAUGUUGGUAUUGUUCCUUAUUCCCUCGGAGAAGAUGGUGCGACGAUGCUGUCAUUGUCCUACGACCCGAGUGAUCCAUUAAUGUUGAGCCCAAGUAGGGGGAAAGAGGGCGGCAUGAUAGUAGGACCAUUGGAAGGCAUUGAUGUGGAGUUGUCGUCUUGCUUUAAUGACAUCGUGGACUUUGCCCUCCUUCAGGACUCAAGUGGGAUUAUGGACAUGAGCAUCGAGACAAGCGGGGAUCAGGAGGAGGCUGCAGCAGUGGGCUCCGGGCUGGAGAGAAAGAAUGGGGUCGGCCUCGAGUCGUCGCCACCGAGGGCGAACGCGGACGGAGAUUGGAUGGGCAGCGUUGGCGGCAGCGACUGGUUCUCUUGCGUGGAGGAUGAUAGUGUGAAUUGGGAUUGGGAGGACCAUGUUGUUCAAGGACAUGGCCAUGAUCAGGCGGCGGAGGAGAGGAAUGGAGGCCAGGGCCAGGAGAUGCUGACGUGGCUCUGGGAGAGCGAUGUGGGAGACUGGGAAAGUCAAAGCAUUGGGGAGGCUGACCGGGAGAAGCAAAACGCCAUGGUGGCUUGGCUGCUUUCCUAGGGCGAAUCUGUUAGGACAUUAAACUUAGGUCACUAUUUUUUGGGCUAAAAUAUUGGUGUGUUUACGAAGAGCAGGUAAAGAAAAAAACAGCAAGAAGUGGAGGGAAUCAAGGCCUACGUGUUGAUACGUUCCUUCUAUGUAUUUUCAUUUCUCUUGCAGCCUAGUUCGUAGGAAGUGGCAAUCAGCAUGUGCUUCGUUUAUCUUUGUUAAUGUCUAUUUUUUGGAUUG